AUGGAACAGCACACCCUUUUCGUGCGCGCGCUGCUGAUGCUGAUCCUGAUGGCGGUGGCGAUGAACAUCAAUGUGUUUUUGCAUAAGAAGAAGUUUCAUUAUGUUGGGGAGACGGCGGUUUAUAUCUUGUUGGGACUGGUGGUUGCGAUGGGAUGGACCGCCAUCUCCUACGACGAGCAAAACACCGCGAUCCAACUAUCCAGUAAAUUCUUCUACAUGGUCCUCCUGCCGCCCAUCAUCUUCGAGGGCGGUUUUGCCCUCCAACGUGUCUCCUUCUUUCAAAACAUCCUCACAAUCAUGGUCCUCGCUUUCUUCGGCGCCCUCUACUCCACCUUCGUCACAUCCAUCCUCAUGUACUUCUUUUCCAAACUCAUCUCCCCCUGGUCCUUCAUCGAGUCCCUCGUCUUUGGAUCCCUCAUCUCCUCAACGGACCCGGUCACCGUUCUCUCGCUGCUCCCCGCCAACGUCGAUCGCAAAUUGUACAUGCUGAUUUUCGGCGAGUCGGCCUUGAACGAUGCGGUCUCGAUUAUCCUGUACCGCUUCUUUACCUCCCUCGCCGACCCGCACAUGCGCCUGGGAGCUGGCACAUUCCUCCUUGCCGUCUUCGCCUCCGCCGGCGUCUUCCUCGGCUCCGCGAUCGUCGGGGUAGCAUUCGGCCUGGGAUUGGCGAAGAUCACGAAACAUGUAAAGGUGGACCCGCAUGAAGUGAGCACGUAUGAGACAACGAUGGUGCUCAUUUUCGCGUAUGUGAGCUACCUGCUGGCGGAUCUGUUGAGUUUGACGGGAAUCAUUAGUGUCUUCUUUACGGGGAUUACGAUGGCGCAUUAUGCGUAUAAUAAUUUGGCGCCGGAGAGUGCGAAGAAUCUGAAGUCGACCUUGCGCAUGAUCGGAUUCAUGUGCGAGUGUUUCAUCUUCCUGUACUUGGGUCUCGGCCUGUUAUCCUUCGGCGGAAAGACGGUCUACAGUCCCAUGCUAGUGUUCUUCGCCGCUAUCUCCAUCCUCGUCUCCCGCACCCACAUCUUCAUCUUCCUCGGCAUGACCAACAUCGCCGGCAAAAAAGAAGACGCAGUCCCCUUCAACCAACAAGUUCUCAUGUGGUUCUCCGGCCUUCGUGGCGCCGUCGCCUUCGCGCUUGGCGUAACCUUCCUCGAGCACCCCGUCUUUGACGAAGAUGUCAAAGGCCAGAUCUUCGGCACCACCGUCAUGGUCGUCGUGCUGACCGUGCUUGUGCUGGGUGGGUUGACACCGAGCAUGUUGAAGUGGCUGCAUUUGGUUGAGGACACCCAUGCGGAGCCGAAGGCGGGGCAUCCGACUGUGGGCGCCGUGGCGGGGACGGCGGAUACGCCGAGGAGUGCGACGGCGGGUGGGGAGGGAGGGCAGGGGUAUGGGAUGAUUGAGACGCAGAAUGAGUUGGAUGAGGAAGCGCAGGUGUUGGCGACGCCGUCGAAGCAGAGUGUGAUUUUUGCGUGGCUUUAUCAGUUGGAUGCUAAAUACAUCCGCCCCCACUUCACAACUCUCUCCGAAUCCAACGUCCAAACCCUGCAACAAAUCCAGGCCGUCCGCGCCGCUUCGCGCCAAGGCUCUACUGUCAGCUUCCGCGCCCGCAGCCCCUCCAAAAAGGAGGUCGACAACCCGUUCCGCGGAACAUCGAGCGACAAGAUCGAGCUGCUCAAGUCUGCGAAGAGCGAGGAUGUCAUGAUGGAGGCGGUUAGUUUGAGUGAUCCGCCCGCGACGAGGGGGGAGAGCAGCACGGGGCAGGCCGAGGAGGGGGGAUUUCAGUGA